AUGCCGGCCAUGCUCGAUGACCCUUCGGCGCCUGCCAUAUAUCGCACCUCCGGUCAGCCUCCAUACCCCGAGCCAUAUGGAGCUCUUCCGCAAGAGAUCCAACCGAAGCAAGUGACGCUGCGCGAUCGCGUGACAAUCGCAACUCUUGUCCCAUUCUCCUCGCCUCACCAAGUCCCACCACAUCUCUCAGCCUACCUCUGUGAGCUUCUCAAUCGCGAGAUUGAGAAGGGCGAUACGUAUGCCGAAAGUGAGCCCAUGGCCCUGUCCGCCUUCUGCAACUACUGGUUCGCGAACUUUGGGGUGAUCAUGAUCAUGGGAGACAUACAGUCGGUUGAAGAGGUCACACAGAUGGAGGAGCGCGGUGUGGACUGGGCUAAAGAAUGUCUUGGUAGCUUCUACGUCAAGCCGAACUACCCGGGAAGGAGCAGUCAUGUCUGCAAUGGCAGCUUCUUGGUCACCGAUGCUUCGCGUAAUCGCGGCGUGGGUCGGCUCAUGGGCGAGGGCUAUCUUGAGUGGGCUCCCAAACUCGGCUACACCUAUUCGGUCUUCAAUCUUGUGUACGAGACGAACGUCGCUUCUCUGCGCAUCUGGGACGCUCUGGGCUUCAAGCGAAUUGGCCGGGUGAAAGGCUGCGGUAAUCUCAAGAGCUAUCCUGACCAAUUCAUUGAUGCCAUCAUCUUCGGUCGAGAGCUUGGUGGAGAGGGUGAUGAGUACGUCAGCGAGGAGCGCUUCGACAAGAUUCGCUACUACCUCAAGACUGGAUCAUAUCCCAAUGGCGCCGAUCGCGCUGAGAAGUCUCGUCUUCGUUCCGCUGCUACGCACUAUAGGUUGGUGCCUAACACUGAGGGCGAAGGAGAGGAAGAGAAGCUCAUGCUCAAAGGUAAAGAGGUUGUUUCUGACCCACACAAGCAGUACGAGAUCGCUCGCUUGAUCCACGCGCAAGCCCACGGAGGCAUUAACAAGACCACAGCCAGUAUCGCUGAGCGCUAUCAUUGGGUGCGGAUCAAAGAGACUGUCAGCACCGCAAUCCGCAAUUGCUCCGAAUGUACGUCGGCCGCUGCAAAGCCACCGCCG